AGGUUUUGUACUAGUUGUAGCUUCACGCAUCUGGAACUGCGAUCCAAAACAUCAGGUAUUGAGGGUUCAUUCAUGCAAUAAUUCAGAUUCCGUUCAGAUUUGGUGUGGACGGAAUGGAGGUCCGCUUCACGCGAGGCAAAUCUGCGAUCUUGGAGCGCUCGCUCACGCGUCCCAAGUCGGAGGUGAGCGUGAGCGCGUUCGCGUUGCUCUUUUCAGAGAUGGUGCAGUAUUGCCAGAGCCGUGUGUACUCGGUAUCUGAGCUCCAGGCCCGGCUGGCUGACAUGGGUCAAGGCGUUGGAGCCAGUCUUCUGGAUGUUCUUGUGUUGAGAGAGAAAAAUGGAAAAAGGGAGACCAAAGUGUUAAACAUACUUCUCUUUAUCAAGGUAAAUGUAUGGAAGUCAUUGUUCGGCAAGGAAGCCGACAAACUGGAACAAGCCAAUGAUGAUGACAAAACGUACUACAUUAUUGAAAAGGAACCACUUAUAAAUGCCUACAUAUCAGUACCUAAAGAGAAUAGCACAUUAAACUGUGCAGCCUUCACGGGGGGUAUCGUGGAGGCUAUCUUAACUCACAGCGGCUUCCCAGCCAAAGUUACUGUUCACUGGCAUAAGGGGACCACACUUAUGAUCAAGUUUGAUGAGGCAGUGAUUGCUCGUGAUAAAGCUCUUGAUGGCAGAUAGUAUAUUGUUGUGCAAGAGUCAAGUUUAAAGUGUUACCCUUGAGUCAGACUCAAAUUUACAGGAUAAUAUACACAGAUAAAAAAAAAAGAUCCAUCCUUUUUGUUGUUGUUUUUUUUAGUUGUCUCAAGUCUGUCUCUGUCCCUCUUGUUAUAAUAAUGAUGUUACAGAAUAGACUCAAAGAUAUCAAAGAAUCCAUGAAGAUCUCUCUACUUUUUUUAAAGAAAUGUACCAUACCAGCAUGUUUAUAAAUUAUAAUAAAUAAGUUAUUUAAUAGUAUUGAAUAGAAUGUUAUGUUUUAGUCCUGGUGGCAUUAAGUGUUAAUUGUCCCUGUACUUCUUAGUUAAUAUAGUUGUGCUAGUAAUGGACAUUUGGCAAAAUUAUGAUUAUUAUUUGUAUCUGUACUGGCAGAGACUCGGGUGCUCAUCAUGGAUAUAAGGAGAGAAGUGUCCAGUCAAGACCAUAGUUUCACUGCAGGAGAGGGGGAAUGAGAUGAGAUUUUAUCAGAAAACAAAUGUUUGGAAGUAGUGGGGGAUGAAAAGUUUCAGUUUUUUUUAGCAGCAUAAAUUAUUACACUUAGUAUUUUAUUGUUAUUUGCUCAUUUUUGUGUAACUCAUAGAUUGAUCUAUGUGUGUGUAUAUGCUGAUAAUUUUCUAGUUCGUAAAUGUGCAUUAAUAGCAACAAACAUAUUAGAUUUGCAAGCUUAAAGAAAUAGUUCACCCAAAAUUUAAAAUUCCCUCAUAAUUUACUCACCCUCAUGACAUCCCAGAUGUGUAUGACUUUCUUUCUUCUGCAGAACUCAGAAGAAUAUUUCAGUUCUGUAGGUCUAGACAAUGCAAGUAAAUGGGUGCCAACAUUUUGACACUUCAAAAAGCACAUAAAGGUAUCAUAAAAGUAAUCAAUAUGACUCAAUAAUGUUUUAACGCAUAUUUUCAGAAGUGAUAUGAUAGGUGUGGGUGAGAAACAGAUUAAUAUUUAAGUACAGUUUUGCUUGAAAUUCUUCUUCCUGUCCAGCAGGGGGCGAUAUGCAUGAUGAAUGUGAAUCACCAAAAACACAAGAAGAAUGUGAAACUGAUAUGUUUCUCACCCACACCUCUCAUAUCACUUCUGAAUAUAUUGAUUUAACCACUGGAGUCAUAUGGAUUACUUUUAUGAUGACUUUAUUUGCAUUUCUGGAGCUUAAAAUUGUUGGCACCUAUUAACUUGCAUUGUCUGGACCAAAAGAGCAGAGAAAUUCUUCUAAAAAUAUUUAUUUGUGUUCAGCAGACGAAAGAGAGUUAUACACAUCUGGGGUGGCACAAGAGUUAGUAAAUCAUGACAGAAUUUUAAUUUUGGGGUGACAUAACUCUUUAAAUAAUGUCCUUCCAUCUUUUGUGCUUGUAAAACUGUUAGAAGAGGUCAGAAAUACUGUUCCUUACAAACCAAGGCUACUAGGUUUCUAUAGUUAUUGUUAAUACUUUGAAAUCAUAAUAAAGUAAUAUGUCCAC